CUCCCUCCCUCCAGCCAGCAAAACUUUUUUGUUUAAAUAAAUAUAUAACCUUCACCGCGCGGCCAAAUGAUGGCUGAUGACUCCUUCCAUCGCGGUCACCUCCCACCUCCCGCAGCCAUGCAGCUCGACUCCGGCUCCGGCUUGCGGGGCGCCUCGUUCCUGCUGGGCGUCGCCCUGGCCUGCUGCUGCUGCUGCUGCCGCUGCUGCAGCUGCUCGGCCGUGCCGGGCGUCGUGGCGGGCGCCUUGCAGCAGCAGCAACAGGGCGCGGCGACCCGCACACUGCGCCUCGACUCGUUCGUGGGCUGCGCCGUGCGGGAGUUCACGUUCGUGGCGCGCAAACCCGGCUGCCGCGGCGCGCGUGUCACCACGGACGCGUGCUGGGGCCGCUGCCAGACAUGGGAGAAGCCGACGCUGGAGCCCCCGCACGUGGAGGCGCACCACCGCGUGUGCUCCUACAACGAGACGCGCGCGGGCAGCGUGCGCCUCCCGGGCUGCGCGCCCCACGUGGACCCCGUGUUCAGCUUCCCAGUGGCGCUCAGCUGCGUCUGCAAGAUGUGCUCCACGGACGACACCGAGUGCGAGACCUACUGACGCUGCCGCUGGCGCCGCGACGCGGUGGCAAUCCACUGCUGGACGAGGGCCCUCCCCGGCGCCGUGCGUCUCUAAUCGUCGCGGGGGGUUGCCCGUGACGGCGGCCAGACGUGGGAGCGUAGAAUCGCAGUACAACAAUGGAUUUUUUUUGUUGUUGUUGUUGCUGCAACUGACUUUUUGCUGCCGGCAACAUAGCCCCGUGGUCGCCUGUGACUACCGUGUGUUGCGCACGGUGGACACCCAGCCAAGUAUCACCCCGGCUCAACGCCUGCUUAGCUUCCGGGAUCUGACGAGAUGGGGUGCAUUGCGAGUGAGCAGGUCAGGGGUCAUCACUCGCCAAAGCCCUUGGUGGACCCGUGGGAGCCUCAUCUUGUCUCAAAACUCUUUCUUAUCGGAAUGGUCCUGCUACAUUUGGAUGUUUUGUCAAUUCCAUCCUUAACGAGAGUUCGACAUCGCGUGGCGAGGACACCUAUAUAUAUAGGUCCGCACAGAUGCAUUCUAGAACGUAUCGCUAUACAGACAUCUCCAGGCCGCCUCGCAGGCCAAGCCUGCAACGCCUGUUAUUCCCAAGCAUGCUCCCAGCCCAGGACUAAUCCGGCUAACCACGCGAGAUCUCGCGAGGUCGGGGCGCACGAAGAGCGAUUUGGUCGCGCAGGGGAGCUGGGACUGACACGGCAAUGGGGCGCCGGCGAGGGUCCACGCGGACCGAAGAAGCGUGCGUGGGAAUCUAUGAGCCGAAACGCCGGGACGUGCUGCGCUCGACGGGAGAUGGUUGCAGAGAGACGGGCGAGAGAGAGAGAGCGCGCGAGAGCGAUGGGAGAGCGCGCGACAUGGGACGAGAGGGCGAUGAGCGAGACACGGAGGAUAUAAAUUAUUGGCGACGCGUUAACGAGAGGAGCCACUCUCGAUCAC